AUGAUGGGAUAUCUCUACGUUUGGUAUCUCUACCGUCUUUUGACAAUGAACUACUUCUCAUACUACUUUUCGAAAAGAGUCAAACUGGCGGAGGUGAAGAACAUGAUUAGUCUAUUGGUUUUCCUGAUGAUCCCAAUCCAAUUGGCAAUCGACACAACAUCGUGCAAGAUCAAGUACCAAGAAGGACUUUUCGGCUCAUCUGGCACAAUAAUCUCAAAACCAGAACAUUUAUGGACACCUUCAAACCAGAUGCUAGUUACACCGACAUACUAUGGUUCAUCAGUUGUUUUAUCCACGCAAAUGUGCGCAAUCAUACUCUUACAAUGCUACUGGGACUACCUAUCAAAGUCACUGAUUAGAUUCAAUUUUAUGAAAAAUACCGAGAAUCUAUUCUACAUGAUCUGGGCAAUCUCCAACCUUAUUGUCUUUCCCAUGCUACAGUGGUUUCUUUCCCAGAUAUCUUCAGAUUACAUGUGGAGAGAAUCUAUCCCGAAUCUAAUCUACGGCAUUGAAAUCAUGGUAUUAGCCUUUGUAGGACUCAAUUCUCACCUCAGAUUCGAAAAUCUUUUACGGAACAGUACUUCUUUGGAAAACUUGGGUCCAAUUGAAUAUGUCGUUCGCCACUUUCAGCCAGCCAAUGUAUUAAUGAACCAACAACUCAAUAUCCUCUUGACAUUUGCACUAUUCAUUUCCUCUGCAGCUCACAUUGCACUCUACUGUGAUGGUCUAAUGGGGCAGUCACCAAUCUCACACAAAUUUAUAUCAGAUUUUCUCAUCUGUAAUAUUAGUACAAGUAAUAUCUUAAUAUGGUUUCUUGUUGUGCUCAUCAUUCACCCUAAUCUCACAAUUGUUCAAGGCAGUUCAAUAAUCUUGCUGUCUGAAAUCCUGUCCGAGAGCAGGGACUUGACUGAUCCAGUCAACUCACACGGACCAGUAUCAGAUAUUGAAAGUAUUUGUGCACCUUUUUGA